UCCUUUUUGGGAAAUUUUAGUAUAAAAGCCUUUUCAACAGCCAUCGAAAGCAUCAGUUUCUCUCAGCAUCUACAGCUCAAAGCAUCUUUCGGUCUUCGUUCAGUAGUCGUGUUUUCUUGCUCAAAGGAUACUAUCAAAAUGUUCGCUCUACGUUUUUCCGUCUGUCUUAUUGUCAUUGCCUUCAUCAUGGCUGUGGUUAUGUUGAACUCCAGUGAGGCUGCUUACCGUAAGCCCCCUUUUAAUGGCAGCAUUUUCGGUAAACGUAAUAGCGUUGAAUACGAUAAUGCUAAGGCUGUUACCGCCAUGUGUGAAAUAGCCAUGGAAGCUUGUCAGUCCUGGUUUCCCCAACCCGAAAGCAAAUAACUUCAAGGACUAGAGAUCGAUAAUGUUUAACUAAUAUUUGGCUAAUGAUUUGGAAUUAUAAUUUUUGUACUUAUAAAAUAUAUAAUAUAUCGAUAUGAAUUUGUAAUUAUAAUCAACAGUUAUAUUUAUCUAAUAUGUAU